AUGGCCACUAGCCUGGGGAACUCGGACGAGCUUCUAAAAGAGUUGGACCUGGAGAACUACGUUACCUUCGUGAAGAGGUGUUUUAAAAAUGGAAUAAAAAAAGAGGAAGAGGACAUCUGCGCACAAGACUUAAGGAACCUGGCCAAGUGUCUGCCCAGGGUCUCUGGCGUCUGGUACGAUUUACACAAAAACAGCUGGGAGGCCAGGUGGGCUGAAGGAACAAAAUCUGCAAGGAAAUACUACUCUGUGCAAAAGUUUGGCUUCCACGAAGCGAGGAAACUAGCCAUUAAAACCAUAAAGACGAAGGAAAUAAAUUAUAUAUACAACAGCAUAAAUGAAGAUUUUAACAAACCACUCAAGUGGAACUUAAAUAGUGAAUUCCUAGAGAUGAACCACGACCCCAUAAUUAACCUUAAGAGGAAAUAUAGAUCCCCUAAUUGUAAAGUGAGGGAGAAAAAGAUUAAAAAGGACCCCAGUAGUGGGAACGGUGUUAAUAGAAAAAAUAAAAAUGAACAGAAAUAUAUCACUCAAACAAGGGGGUUGAGAAGGGGGCAUGUCCAUUACACCUCUCCUGGGAGCUGCGACACCUCACAGAAAUGUAGACUCCACAAAUCAGAGGAACAGCAUGAUAACUGUAGGGACGCACCAAAUGGGUUACAUACAUAUGGCCUCACCAACGACCACGAGGAAAACAACGGAAAAGACAAUGGAAAAAAUGGCCGGGAAGACCACAGUGAAGCUUCGUACAUCUUUGAAGGAAAUAUUUCCAAACUGAGAAACGACCAAAAAAUAGACAACGUUCCUAGCGAGCAUAUCGUAGAAGGUAGUCUCUCCAGUACUUGUCUGAAUCAGAAGGAAAAUUACACAAAAACAGAAAUGGCGUUGUCUAAAGAGGGGCAUUUUCAGCAUCCUGUUCAUAUGGAUGAGUGCAAUGGUACGUGCCUGAGUGAGGAAGAACCUUUGUCGAAAGAAAACCUAUGCACCGUGGACGAAAAGGAGAAUACUCUCUCCAGUGUUAACAGCCUUAAUGGGAACAUUAACGGUAUGGAUGAUUAUCAUACAUCCCCCAUGAGUACCCCCAGCCACAGUGAUAAAAUAGAGGAUAAUAAUUCGGGUAAGCAAUGUGAUGAUGAAACGCCCAAGGUAGAAAGCAUACUCCAAAAACAUACACUUCGCAAAAAAAUUCUCAACUGCAAUAAAGACAUGAACGGGAAGGACAAAACGAGCUUGGUUAAAUAUCCAAGAAACAAAAUCCUGAGCUACAUGAGACAACACAAAAAAACGAAAAACAAAAGUACCCUGUAUAUCAAACAAAAUGGACUGCUAAAAAUGAACUUAAAGCAAACGACAAAUAAGAUGUUCAAUAGGGAACAUGGGUCCACAUGGAACAGAAGGAACUUAAAAAAAAAAAAUUUCCUAAGUGAAAAAAGGGCAUGCAUAAAUGGGGGUGCACUUUUUGUUAAAAAAAUAAAAAGCUGCAAUCACACGGAAGGAAAGAAAUGCAAGAAUUGCGACUUGAGGAAGAAGCAGCUGAAGGGUCUGCGCGAACAUGGCUCACUCCUCAUUCCAAGUGUGGUCCCAAACGGUGGAGAAACCUUCAAUGGGGGAGAUAGCUCCAACGAUGGGGAAACCUUCAAUGGGGAGGAAUCCCCCAACGUGGACCUGACGUACCAACUAGGCAGUAGCAUGGCCUCCCCCACGUAUGGCGAGAUGAACACGGAGAACGGCGACGAAGGGGAUGAUCAGACGAGUAAACAGCUCGAUCCCCUGAAGAAACGCACGCAGAAAGAUGACGCAAAAAAGGAGAACACACAACAGGAGUGUAUACAACAGGAUUACACACAAAAGGAGUGUAUACAACAGACUUACACACAACAGGAGUACACCCCUAGUACAGAACCGGCUCAGAAGAUGAAGUGCCGCGUGGAAAUUAACUUAAAGGAAGUCAUCCACUCGGACACGCUAAGCAUAUUCAAAAAUGCAAUUAAUUUACUGCUAAACGACUUGAAGUGCAAAUGUGUGCCCCACUUGGACAAACAGUUUUUGAACAUCCUGGAGAUUAUCGAUAAUCACAUCAGCUACGUAAACUCCAUGCUCAGUGAACAAAUUUUAAUUACUUAUGUGCACCUAUUUGAUAUUUGUGUGUCCAACAAUAUUUUACCAAGUCAAAUGGAUCAAAGCGUACAGAAGGUUUUUUGCAAUGCGCUGAUUGCGUUCCAUAUUCUCCUUUUUAAUUUCCUGAAGGAUAAACGGGGCUAG